GAAGAAGCCAAUAAGGGAAUAACAGGGGCGUGGACGCAGCUAUAUAAGCUCUGGAAGCCGAUCGAGGAGGAGACAGUCUCUUCUAGUCGCAGUCAUGACAACCACAUCUAUGUUCAGCGGUCUGGAACCUAGUUCUCGGAGUAGCUCCAGGGUCCUGUUGCCUCCAGGUGGAGGGUCAAACAUCUCUUUUGGGGUCGGCGAGGCUCAGACACAGCAGCCUGCAAGGAAGCACAAGAUGGCUUCCAACAUAUUUGGGGCUGUAGAAGAUGAACCAGCAUCCACCAAACAAGCACAGGAGACAGGUACUCCCGAUGCAUGUGGCGACUUUGAUUCUGCAGCAGAGAGGACAUGUCAAUCAGAGGACUGUAGCAAUGCCAGUGGUAACAUGGAUGAAACUGCAAUGCUAGAAACUGAAUCUGGAAAGGAACAAUCUCAAGUAGCUGGAGAAUCUGCACAGCCAGCACAACCUGCAGCAGCCCCGAGCAGAAGAAACCCUCCUGGGGGAAGGUCCACUCUUGUUCUAGGUUGAAUGUCCUACUGCGAACUGUUCUUUCCCUGGAUUUGUUGGUUCCCUUCACUCUGACUCCACAUGUGACUGCACAUAUAAGCUCCCUAGUUAUUUAAAGCACUUUGGUCCUGCCAUCUUUUUUUUUUUUUUUUCUAUGAACUGUUCUCCAUGUGUGUCCUGGGAUCUACUGGAAGACGCAUGAGUUUCUAGUAGUACUGUUUUCUUUUAUUAAUGUUUAUCAUAAUAAAGAAUUGUCAAGUUUUUUUUUUUUUUGGAUUUGUAUAAAUUUCAUUGAACUGGUCAUUAAACAAACUGUAUGCAGAG